GUGCCACAACUACUCUAGACAGCGUGACAGAGAUCUUCUAUUAAUAUUGUUGCACACAACUCAGAACUGAAAAUGUUCAUCUGACUGACUCUCAGAAACGGAUUCCAAGUCAUCUAAUUUCUGAUUCUAUACCAUAUUUGGCCACUACUGCAGCUUUGCUGGCAUUCAUUCACACACAAAAUCCAAAAGUUAUAAUCCUAGAAAAUGAUGGGACCAAAAUAAUGCUGGAUAUGAGAGAGGGUGGUACUAAAUUUCUAUUGAGAAAGUAAAUUCAGAAGUAAAGUCACCACUGCAUUACCCACAAAGUAAGUUUUAUAAAUUCAAGGAGCUGACUUAUGAGGAGACAAAGUAUUAUUGAACAUUUUUUAACUCUCUCAAAUACUGUGAUGGAGAUUCAGGGUUACUGUAACUGUAAUUAUGAUGUGUAAACUGUGUACAGUCAAUUGAAAAUUAUUUCUGAUUGCACCACUUAAUUCCCAUGUGAUCUUCCUAAUUUAUAACUUCAGUUAUAAGGGAGUGUGCUUGUAGAAGAGACUGUUGAGGAACCAGGAAGUAUUUCUCCCCAAUUUAGCUAUAACCAAGGAAGGAGAUGACACCACUGGACAAGGAAUACAAAUCACCUCUGGUACAGAUGAUUUGUCAGAAUCUAGAGUAGGGUGAGCACCAUCAGAUACUAGAAAAUGAGGCCAAAUUUCCAAUCAAUUUGGAAGCAGAAUAUUUAUCUGAAGCUCCUGGGAACCUUGUCUUCCUCUCCAGCACAUUAGUCCUUGGUAAACCCCAUUGUGUUAGGUGAAUAAUGGAGGGGGAAAGAACUUAUCUUACAGUAACUGUCGUUCAAGAUGUUCUGCAACACCUGGAUCCCUCUCUGUGCACAUUCACCCUAUGCACAGGAGAUCAGAGUUUAUUUAGCCAGCAGUAUCUGUUAGCGGUGGGUAUGCUCCCUGCAUGACCUCAUGCUACCCCUCCCAAGACCCAGAGCCCAUCAUCGUCCCGUCCUAUUACACCACAGCCGACGCCGUCAUCUCCUCCGAAAGCAUCUUCAUGGUGGAGAUUGCACUCCCCUGUCGCAAUGGGGCGCAGAAUGUGGCCCUGUAUGCUGAUGUCAAUGGCAAACAGUUCUCCGUCACCCGGGGGCAGGACGUGGGGUGCUACCAGGUCUCAUGGAGCAUGGAGCACAGGAAUGCCUGGUCGGGCACCUAUGAAGUGAAGUUCUUCAACGAGGAGUCGUACAGCGUCCUGCGCAAGGCCAAGCACAACAACAAGGACGAAUCGGCGAUCCGAGCCCUAUUCACAGUCAGCGUGGAUCACCAGGGCACCUGGAGCAGACCCUGGGUCUCCAUGAAGGUGCUGGCCAUCACCAUCAGGCUCCUCGUCUACUACCUGGCCCUGAGCGCCAAGGGGAGCAUCCAGACCUGAGGGGGAAGCUGGAGUCUCCCUGUGGGGCCGAACCCUGCCCCGCUGUGUCCCCCACUGGUCCCCAAUAAACACUGUCCCCACCCAAAAAACCUGUAAGUCAUUUCCUUUGCUGCCCAGAAUCCCAAUAAGAUUCAAGAGCUGCAGGAAAACAUAGUAGAUAUGGAAUCCAUGCACAGAACAAAGAAGAAUCACAGUUAUUGCAAUGUAAGUAACAGUUCUCUGAGUAUCUGUACAUGUGGAUCCCAUCUUGGUGAUUACCGAACAAUUAACUCCUCCAGGAGGUGGAAGCUAGGCGCUCAUAUAAAACAAUGACAGGCAUACUAGAACUACUGAACUACUUAACAAUCAAGAGACAAUACAUCUAAGAAAACACUGAGGUUUUUCCAUUUCACUGCCACAGGCAGUAAGAAGGAACUCAGUGACAAUUGAGGACGCUUCACUCUUUAUGCCUUCAGGAGGGAUAGCAUGAUGGUAUGCAGAGAUGUUUGACUGGGUCAAAGCACCACAGAGUGCUAAAAUUUUAAUG